AUGUCUUCCAGUUCAGGAGCUUCCCAGGAUUCCAGUUCUGGUGGAAACGUUUCAAAUCAAGGUCGUACAGGACUUUAUGCUGAUGAAAUCUCAGCAAUUGAGUACGCAACUUUGAAAGUACCGUACGAGUUGCUCAAUAAAUGUUUCCGUUCGUCACAAAAAGCAUUGGAAAAGAAUAAUCAAUAUCUCAAGGAAAGAGCGGAAUCACUUAUGCAAUCUGUACAUUCAACCAGCGAAGUUAUUCGAAAACGUAGAGUCACAAAGUUAAUUUCUGAGGAAGAAUUUGCUUUAAUCGAUUUGUUAAAAAUGCGUUUAAAUCAUUUGCAAAAGGCAGAUACGUGUGAUUUAUAUAAAAAAGAAAUUUGGCGUUCUCAGCGCAUCAGUCGUUUGAUAAUUGACUACUUAUUGCGAUCAGGUUACUUCGAAACUGCGCAGAAAUUAUCGGAGCAAGCUCAUGUAGAAUAUAUGUGCAACAAGAAUGUUUUCAUGAUUUCAAAACAAGCUUUGCAGGUUGAACAUAGUUUGUCGCGUCAUGAGACGGAUCGUUGUUUAGAAUGGAUUACUGAGAAUAGGUCCAAGUUACGGCGCUUAAAAAGUCCGCUUGAAACCACGAUUCGUUUGCAGGACUGUAUUGAAAUGGUUCGACGAGGUGAACGUUUGCAAGCAGUGCAUUAUGUUAGGAAAUUUCUGUCUAACUUACCGAAGGAUCAAUGGAGUGAUCAAGUUGUGAAAGUUAUGGGUCUUAUUGGUUUUGGUAAUCCUGUCAGGACUUGCGCAUACAGCGAAUAUUUCAGUGAGAAACGCUGGGAUCAACUUAUUGAUUUGUUUAGACAAGAAAAUGCUCGUGUAUAUAAGCUUAUGGAAUAUUCACCUUUCAAUGCAUGCUUAUGUCUGGGAUUAUCAGCCUACAAAAGUCCACAGUGUCGUCCGGAUCUUGACUCGCAUUGUCCAACAUGUCGUCCGGAUUUGUUCGAACUCGCAGAAGAUUUGCCUCAUUCUCAUGCUUCUAAUUCCAAGUUGAUGUGUUCUUAUUCUGGGGAACAAAUAGGUGAUAACAAUGAACCUUAUAUGCUACCGAACGGUUACGUGUUUGGUUCUAAAUCUAUUGAAAAAUUGAUCAAUUCAUCGGAAGAAAUUGUUUGCCCUAAAACAGGAGAAAUAUAUUCUGCUAAUCAACUUAUGCGACUCUUUGUUCUUUGA